AUGUCUUCGGAAUCUCCCGAGAGCUCGAAUCCCUCUUUCUCGAUGUCUGCGUACAUGGUCCCUUCCCCACAGAACUCAUACUCCGAAUCCGACGACGAGCUUGCGUCUCUCCCUUCAGAAUCCACGAAUGACUCCGACCUCGAUACCUUGUCUGAAUAUUCCUCCGAUGCCGAGGCUGAGUGGCGGGAAAGCAUUGAACAACUGGAGCUCCUCUUGAGUAUGGUCCUGGUACCCUUCAUUGGGAAAUACUUCGGGCGACGAUGCGCAUAUUGGAGUUGGACACGCUUCAUGGAGUGGAAGUACCCUGUCGAGAUAGUCAUGCAGAAUCCGGCCGCAUUCAAGGCCGCGGGUCUCGUUGAGGCAGCUGCGACCCUAUGA